CAACAAGGUUGUUUACAAAUGGCCGCCAGGUCGUCAAAAUGGUCGUAGAAAUGAAAUUUCUGAUCCCGAAUUUUGUUCUAAAAUGAUGGUUUACAGCCAAUUAUUUCAAUCGGACACCGCUCCGCUGCUUCACGAACUGACAUUGGUUCUGUGAGGGUAUAAAGAAAGUAUAUUUGUUGAGGAACAAGACUUGCCUUCUAUAGCUUACAAUAAAUAUCAAUCUGACUGCAUGAACAGCUGAGCAUUUUGAAAGCCAAUUUUGAUACCAAUUAUGGAUCAAGCUACCAAUUCCUCCGCAGGCAUGACAGAUGGUAAGAUCACAAGACAGUUGCUGAAGAUGAGGAGCGGUGAGUUUGAUCUGGAGAGUAUACAUUCCAUGAUCCUCAGAGAAAUGGGCAUAUCAGACCUUGGCUGUAUUGGUGAAUGUACAGGCUUGGAGAGGCUCGACCUGUCCAGGAAUGACAUAUCCAAGCUAUAUAAUUUGGCAAGUUUAUCCAGUUUGGCGCAUCUAAACCUAUCUGCCAACAGAAUAAGUUCUUUAGAGGGCCUCCAGAGUCUGGACAAUCUAAAGACUGUAAAUCUUGCUGGCAAUCUUUUAGGAAGCAUCGAUACGUUACAUUGUUUGGCCGGCCUUGAGAAGCUAGAGGAACUAAGACUAAAAGAUGACAUUCAUGAAUUAACAAACCCAAUAUGUAUGAGAGUUAGCUAUAGAGAGGAUGUUCUACAGAUGUUUCCUAAGUUGCUCAUUUUAGAUGGUGAGAGACUGAAAGGCAAGGGGAGUGAGCUCUACAAGCUGUGUGCAGAAAUUGAUAGGGAUUUGGCUGAGAGCAUCUGUCAUGCUGGACCAGUAAAAGAGAUACCAAUGCCAACUGCCUGGGUCCCUAAGGGCUACUGGGACAGAAGUGAAGAGAAGAAAAGGGAAGACCUAGCCAUUGAAGAUGCAGAAAAACAACUGACAGAUCUGAUAGCUGAGUGCAAACGGCUCAACUCUGUGGCUGAGGAUAAUCUAAAUGGAAUGGUCAAUCGUUUAGCUAAAACAGAUACGUCCAGUUGAGAAAGGAAUAUUUGGAAAACGUGCCAAUGUAGACUGACUCUUAUAACAAGAGAUAUUUCUCAAAACACCUCGAUGUGACCAAUGAGAAACUGAGACAUUGCUGCCAAUACUUGGAAAAGGAAACCUCUAAACUCAAGCACUUUUAGGACACAUUACUAAUUAGCGAAGGAGCGGUGUCCUAUUGAUAGGCAAGCUAUUUAUUUAUUUAUUUAUUUAAUCGUACAUAAUAGUACAUUCAACAGAGUGCAGUGCUGUAUUGUGCAGUGAGAAAAAUAAAUAGAUGGAAGAAAGUUGUUUUCUAUCAGAGGCCUCUGCUAAUCAAGAUGACAGACCCAUUAGAUUAAAGUACCAUGAGAUGUGCUAACGAGUGUAAAGACUGCAUUGGUUGAUGAUUGUGCCAUGAUUGAGAUGUUAUGCUUGUUUGUACCCUCUGGCAUGACUGAUUGUGACAGCGAGUGUUUUUAAAUGUGGGCAGAAUCAUUUGCUACAAUAUUGAAUAUUUAACUUUGUAUUGCAUGUACCGGUGCAUGUAAUGAACAUUCCAAAUGAAGUUGGAAGUCCGUCCUCAACUGUUGUGUUUUUAUAUUGUCCUCUUUUUACAUAUUAUGCAGUGUACAAACAGUUGUAAUUGCUGGUGAAUAAACAGUUGAAACAACGAA